CAUCGGCCGAGGCAGCACGCUUGCCGCUCUCUCCCGCACGCCGCCUGAAGCCGCAAUGCUGUCUCUUCUCCUCGCGCUCCUCGCAGGCUCCGUGGCUGGCCUGGAGGUGAAGCCCUUGGCCAUCGUGGACGAUCAACGGUACAUAUCCUUUGGCCUCGGUCCUUCCGAGAACAACAGCGUCCUCCUGUGCGCCUACACGCUUGACGAGGGCCAGGCGGUGUCCGGGGUCCUCUGGGAGAUCCUGAAGGAGGAAGGUUCGGCCGGAACCUUCGAGUGGAAGCCCAACGCCCCUGCGACUGCCACUGGUCUCCUGAAGGACAAGGUGAACCUCGAACGCGAUGACAGUGACCUGGAACUGACCACGCUGACCUAUGCGCUGAGCGCCAACUACAGCUGCACCGUCACUGCCGACGAUGGCGGGACAGCGAGUGCCAAGGAUGAAAUACUGAUCAUAGACACCACCAGCAACCACAUCUACGAGACAUCCUUCUCGUCGGAGGCGACAUGCAGCAUCAACAUCUCCAUCAGCUACUUCCCUGUGUUCCCGGAGCCGACCGUCAUCGCCGGCCUGUACUCGGAGAGCCUCGGCGAGUACAUCAAGGAGGUCGACGCCUGGGACGCCGCCCGCCAUCCCAACGGCUCCGUGGCUUACUCUUUCAGCAAUUAUGUUGCUGAGGUCGACCCGAGCGCCCCGGAUGAUGCCACCUUCCGCUGCGAACUGGGCGUCAGCAAGGCCAAUGGGACAGUAAUAAGCCUGUCUAUGAUAACCAACUAUUUCCAGUUCAGGCACAGCUGUAAGGUCCUCCCUGUUGGAGAAAACCAGACAGUGAGUUACAACACCGACGACAGAACCUGUUAUGGAGAGCCAUACAAGCCAGGAACAGUGGAGGCGAGGGUGGAGUGCGCGGAGGGCUUCGUCAGCAGCGGGAACGUGACUUCCGUGACGCUGGUGUGCGACUUCUUCAACGCCACGACUUAUCGCUGGAUCCCCGGCGACGAGGGCCUUCUGCCGGAGGACCUUGUCUGCGAGGGGGCAGCCAUGAGGGUCGCCAGCUGCUACGCCUUGCUGACGGCGACGCUGCUGCUCUGCUUCCACAGCCGCUGAUGGUGGCAGCCGUGGGCGGAGGUGACCGAGCGUCAGUCAUUCCAUCGGCCGGGACGACUCGUGGAGCCUCAAGACGCGCCCUAAGACUUCGAAGAUUCGUGUGAUGAUUAACUUGUGAUUCCCUGCGCUGACUUACGGUUCAUUCAGGGCUUAGAUUAAAGCUGAUCGAAGGUGGUUCGGUCAACAUUGUCCCCCAACAAUACCUUUAGACAUUCUUCUUUUAAAAGUAUCAUAUAUAGUCUUAACAACACACACACACAUGCACGCACACACACACACACACACACACACACACACACACACACACACACACACACACACACA